AUGACUGCCCCUUCGCACCUACAAGACAGGAGACCCCGGGUGGCAGUAACCCUCGGAGACCCAGCAGGAAUAGGACCAGAGAUCAUUGCAAAGCUUCUCAGCAAUACUAAAAACACCCAGAAUGCCGACAUAUUUCUGCUGGCCGACCAGUCUGAUCUCGAUGGUGCGAUAAAGGCUGCCGGUGGUGUCAAGGUGCCAUUAUCUCCCACAGCAGGUCCGGGUGGGGUCCAGCUCCUGGACGACAUGAGCGCCUCGUCCUUCGGCACCAUACCCGCCGAACAAGCCAGCAAGGCAGCCGGCCAAAGGACAAUACACCAGCUCCGGCGCGCCGUCGAGCUAGCCCAGAACGGCCAGGUGGACGCCAUCGUGUUCGCCCCUCUGAACAAGUCCUCGCUCAAGGCGGCGGGGAUGCACGAGGAGGACGAGCUGCGCUGGUUCGCGAAGCAGCUGUCGUUCACCGGGACCACGAGCGAGAUCAACAUAUGCGGGGAGCUCUGGACGGCGCGCGUCACGAGCCACGUCGGCAUCGAGAAGGUGGCCGGUCUGGUCACGGAGGAGGCGACUCUGAAAGCCGUCGAGCUUCUUCACAGGCUGCGCUGGGAAUCCGGGAUCGAAACCCCCCGCCUCGCGGUCUGCGCCCUCAACCCCCACAACGGCGAGUGCGGCAACUUCGGGCGCCACGAGAUCGACCACAUAAGACCGGCAGUGGAAGCCGCCAAGGGAGAAGGGAUAGCUGUCGAGGGCCCAUUCCCCUGCGACACCAUCUUCCUCAGGCGGGACCGCUACGACGGCAUCGUCACCAUGUACCACGACCAGGGCCAGAUCGCCAUGAAGCUGCUCGGCUUCGACGGCGGCGUCACCGUGCAGGGGGGUUUGCCCGUGGUCAUCGCCACACCGGCGCACGGGACCGCGUUUGAUAUCGUUGGAAAGAACGCCGCGAGCGCUGUCAGCACGCAGAACGCGUUUGAUGUGGCUGUCACCAUGGCUUCGAGGAGGCUGCGGCGCGAGGCUGAGGACGGAGGGACGCAGGUCUCUGUUGUGUCGUCGGUGGAGAAUCAUCUCGGUGGGGACCCCCCGGGCAUCAGUGAAAAGGGCCUCGGGCACGUGUCUGUACACGACAGCAUACCGGCCUUUGGUUAG